UCCUCUCUCCCUUUUGACAUUUUUGAGCCAAAUUGGGUCCUUUCCUUUCAACAUCCUCGGCCAAGCGAAGGACAGGACGUGGUACCUUUUUUCUCAUUUCAGUUACAGUAAGCUUUUCACCCCUAUUUGACUUGAAAACAACCUUUGGAGGUAUUGGACGGCAAUGAGUUAACACCCAUGAGAGGCAACCUUUUUUUUUGUAUUUUUUCAAAUAUAUAAUCAUAGUAUACAGAUUUUUUGUUGAUUACUUUUUAGACAGCUUCAUCUGUUUUGUUUUUCAGUAUAGUACAUGUAUCACAUUUGUCCCCACCCUGUAUCACUUUUAGUCCCAAUGUCUUUUGCUUUACCCCAACUUUUUAUCAGAGGCCAGCUCCUCCCCUUUCAGGAAGAAAGGCUGGAGUUUUUGAAUUGAAACAUUUGAUCUAUAUUGUCAUCAUUGAACCUCAGCCCAUGCAUUUUCAUAUAGAUUUUGGAGGGAAAAUGCUGGCUCGGUCUUUGAAGAAUAUAUGAACUGAUGAGAAGCUAGUUUAUCUUUGCAGUGCAAAAGAUAAGAUGGUUUCUAACCUAACCACUACACUCCAGUAUGGUUAUUUGAGUGCCCCAUGACACGCUUUUGGUCUUGCUCUUUGUUUCUUGCUGUCAGUACAGUUGCUGCCAGUGUGGGUUACACUUCCUUUUGUCAUUUUAAGGCUUCUGUCCACUACUGUAACUGGGCUCCCUGGGUUGGGUCAAAUGUGAGGAUGUGGAGUUGUCUCAGUGGUUACAGGCCAUCUUAUUUCGUGCUAGAGGGGGGUAAAGGAGUGGGGAGGAGCAUCAGGGAGUCACAAGCUCCCCUGCUCUGUCGCUCCACCCCCCGCGCGCUUGCUAAGGAUUGGUGGAGUGUGCGCGCUAAGAGCUGCCUUCCUGACCCUUCUGAUCCCCAGUCAGUGCUCAAGCACACCCCAACUGUGCUUUUCAUGCACACAUGCAUUAAUUUUGUCUUUGACUAUGGUUGAUAAUGAAAAUUGCACCCAGCUGGCUAUCUAUGCUGAUAUCCACUGUGAUUGAAUAGCAUGUAAAUCUGUUGGUUUGACAGAGCACAUUCUCAAGUGCCUUAAAAUGGUUCAAGUGUCGUCAGGCAGACAGCUCACAAUCUGUACUCCACCUCCUGCGUCAGAUGCUGGGUUAGAAAGACAGGCACGCGCAGCAACAGCGAUGACUUCUUUAUUUCAGAGCUUUGGAGGCUUCUAGAUACCAAUAAUUACACCACAGACUUUUCUCCCUACCCCAUUGGCCAGGAUUCAAGAAAGCAGGCCAGGAUAAAGAAAUCAAAGAUUUGAAAAUCUUCUAUGAAAAUGCUAAAAGAAUGAAAGAAAAGCAAUGAUUAAUACUUCUUCCCUUUUCCUUCAAAUAUGUAAUAUUAUUCCCAAAGAAAUGGGAUCAGUUCAUUUGGGCAAGAUCAAGCCAGUAACUGCCCUCCUGUAGUUUGAUAUGAAAACUGAAUUGAUGGACAGCCAGCCAACUUGAUCUAAAUCUAUAUUUUACUGUUAACAUGUGGAACAUAUCAAAGCCUUUCUUCCCUCCCAGUUACCCAUAAAGCAUUUCUUUUGUUUUCUUUGAAAUGAAACAUUCAUUGCAUGAAUGAAAACUAAGAAUAGUCUGUUUUAUGUUUGUUGUGAUUUGGAAGAACCUGUUUUAUUUCCAUAUUUAAAAAAAGAAUGUAUUGUUUGAAGACUUUUACUAACGAUCUUGUUUUCUGAUUUUGUCUCUUUUGGUUUUUCCACAACUGAUAUUGUUAUUUAGAAGGUUUCAGGUGGGUGACACUAUUCCUGCGUAGGUGCCUGGCGGAAAGGAACACUAGGGCAGCCUCAGUCCUCUCCUCUUCUUCCAGCCAGCUGCGGCCACCACUCUGACAAAGUCCAAAAAUAUGGCUUGUUACCUGAAAGCCAUUGAGACUCAGCCCAACUUUGCAGUGGCUUGGAGCAACCUGGGCUGUGUGUUUAAUGCCCAAGGAGAGAUAUGGUUGGCCAUACACCAUUUUGAAAAGGCUGUGACUCUGGACCCAAAUUUCCUUGAUGCAUACAUCAAUUUAGGAAAUGUUCUGAAGGAAGCCCGCAUCUUUGACAGAGCGGUGGCUGGAUACCUGAGAGCCCUGAGUCUCAGCCCCAACCAUGCAGUUGUCCAUGGAAACCUGGCCUGUGUCUACUAUGAGCAAGGCCUCAUUGACCUGGCUAUUGACACCUACCGUCGGGCUAUUGAACUGCAGCCCCACUUUCCUGAUGCCUACUGUAAUCUGGCAAACGCCCUGAAGGAGAAAGGCAAUGUGUCUGAAGCAGAGGAGUGCUACAACACAGCCUUGCGUUUGUGUCCAACCCAUGCAGACUCUCUCAACAACUUGGCCAAUAUCAAGCGUGAGCAGGGCAACAUUGAGGAGGCAGUUCAGCUCUACAGAAAAGCACUAGAGGUGUUCCCAGAGUUUGCAGCAGCUCAUUCUAACCUUGCCAGCGUCCUGCAGCAGCAGGGCAAACUCCAGGAGGCCCUCAUGCACUACAAAGAGGCCAUCAGAAUCAGCCCCACAUUUGCUGAUGCCUACUCCAACAUGGGCAAUACACUGAAGGAAAUGCAGGAUGUACAGGGAGCGCUGCAAUGCUACACCCGUGCCAUCCAGAUCAACCCUGCCUUUGCUGAUGCUCACAGCAAUUUGGCCUCCAUCCACAAGGAUUCUGGAAACAUCCCAGAGGCCAUUGCAUCUUACCGCACAGCCUUGAAACUCAAGCCAGACUUCCCUGAUGCGUACUGCAACCUGGCACAUUGCCUGCAGAUUGUGUGUGACUGGACAGAUUAUGAUGAGCGGAUGAAGAAGCUUGUGAGCAUCGUGGCUGACCAGCUGGACAAGAACCGCUUGCCCUCAGUGCACCCACACCACAGCAUGCUGUAUCCACUCUCUCACGGCUUCCGCAAGGCCAUUGCCGAGCGCCACGGAAACCUUUGCCUGGACAAGGUACACGCACUGAUCAAAAUUAACGCACUGCACAAACCUGCCUUUGAGCAUCCAAAGGAUCUGAAAUCCAGCAGUGGACGUCUGCGCAUUGGCUAUGUCAGCUCUGACUUUGGCAACCACCCAACUUCUCACCUGAUGCAGUCCAUUCCUGGAAUGCACAAUCCUGAGAAAUUUGAGGUGUUCUGCUAUGCACUCAGCCCUGAUGAUAGUACCAACUUCCGUGUGAAAGUGGUUGCAGAGGCUCAUCAUUUCACAGACCUCUCGCAGAUUCCUUGCAAUGGCAAGGCAGCCGAUCGUAUUCACCAGGAUGGAAUCCACAUUCUGGUCAACAUGAACGGAUACACCAAGGGAGCCCGAAAUGAGCUGUUUGCCCUUCGUCCUGCCCCCAUUCAGACUAUGUGGCUGGGUUACCCUGGAACCAGUGGGGCUCCUUUCAUGGACUACAUCAUCUCUGACAAGGAGACGUCACCUUUGGAAGUAGCUGAGCAGUAUUCUGAGAAACUGGCCUACAUGCCCCAUACUUUCUUCAUCGGUGACCACGCCAACAUGUUCCCUCACCUCAAGAAAAAGGCUGUGAUUGAUUUCAAAUCUAAUGGACACAUCUUUGACAACCGCAUCGUUCUUAAUGGUAUUGAUCUGAAGGCCUUCUUGGACAGUCUGCCAGAUGUUAAAGUGAUAAUGAUGAAGUGUGACAACAACCAGGAAUCUGCUGGGGACACAAAUGGAGCUCUGUCCAUGCCCGUAAUCCCCAUGAACACAGCAGCUGAAGCAAUCAUCAACAUGAUCAACCAAGGCCAAAUCCAGGUCACAAUCAAUGGCUUCACUGUCAGCAAUGGCCUGGCCACCACACAGAUCAACAACAAAGCUGCCACUGGUGAAGAGGUGCCACGCACAAUCGUCGUGACAACCCGCUCCCAGUAUGGUCUCCCAGAGGACUCAAUCGUCUACUGCAACUUCAACCAGCUCUACAAGAUUGAUCCCCCUACUCUUCAGAUGUGGGCCAAUAUCCUAAAGCGUGUGCCCAACAGUGUGUUGUGGCUUCUUCGCUUCCCAGCUGUCGGUGAGCCCAACAUCCAGCAGUACGCUCAGAACAUGGGUCUGCCUGGCUCCCGCAUCAUCUUUUCUCCGGUGGCCCCCAAGGAGGAGCAUGUGAGAAGGGGCCAGCUGGCCGAUGUGUGCCUGGACACUCCUCUGUGCAACGGUCACACCACAGGCAUGGAUGUUCUCUGGGCUGGAACACCCAUGGUCACCAUGCCAGGUGAAACCCUCGCUUCCCGUGUGGCUGCCUCACAACUCAGCUGUCUGGGCUGCCCUGAGCUAAUAGCCCACAGUCGUCAGGACUAUGAGGACAUAGCAGUCAAACUGGGCUCUGACAUGGAAUACCUGAAGAUGGUCAGAGCGCGCGUCUGGAAGCAGCGGAUCUGCAGCCCCCUUUUCAACACCAAGCAGUACACAAUGGACCUGGAGAGGCUUUACCUGCAGAUGUGGGAUCACCAUAGCAAUGGCAACAAGCCUGAACACCUGGUCAAAAUCCACUCAGUAGAGACCAGUGAGAAUGCCUGAACUGGAAAUUGCUGAUUUCUUUUCCCCUUGUACCCCAACCAUUUCCUCACUGUCUUUUUUGUUUGUUUGUUUGUUUUUUAACCAUAUCAGCACCCUUGCUUGGAAUGGCCAGUGUCCACUCCAGCCCUCUUCCUCAGUGAUUGUCUCCAUCGCUGUCAUUUACUAUUAAUUGGACUCUUAUUUGUGAAGGAGCCAACAGAUGUACACAUUUUUUCACCCCCAUCACAUCCGUUGUUGCGUCACACAUCUGCAUUUCCUGAGCCAGAUGCAGCCUGAGACUUUCAGGCACCCUAUCUGAGACUCUUGUGCUAAAACACAGUAUAUUUGGUGAGCAUGAGAGGAUUGUGAAUGCCCUGCUUCCCUUCAGUACCUUGAUCAGUGGAUUUUAUUUUUCUCCUGUCAGUGUGCAUACAGGACGAACUGCAGCUUGUGGAGAGAAUGCCCAGCCGUCAUUACUUGUCGAUCUAUUUAUAAAUGGAUUAAGAGUGUCGUGUGUUUUAAGAGGACAUUGUUGAACCCUGACAAUUGUAACUUUUUUUUUAUGUGUUUAUUAAAUGAACUUCAAAGCAUGCUACAGACAGUACAGAUACUAACUGCAAAUAAGAAGUCUGACAGUUUUCUGACAUGUUAAAUUGCUUUCCACCCAUAAACAAACAGAAACAGACAGCACAAAACGCACCCAUCACCUUCCAUUCAUCACCUGUCCAUUGUGUCACACAUCUAAGGGGGUACAAAAUACACUUCCUCGAGUGACAGAUGAGAAAAGGAAAAAGAAACAAUGAUAGAGCGGUAUUGAUUGGAUUAAAUGUCUAUUGAAGUUAAGAGUUAAUGUAGGAGUGAAAGGAGUUUCAAGCUCUGAAAUCUGUUACAUUAUUUUUUUUCUAAGUGGAGAAAAGAGAAAAAUCUUUAAACAAGAAUCGUCCUUGCAAAGAAACUAUUUCUUCAGUCUGCCCUUAGUACAGUCUAUACCACUUGAGCACAUGUACAAGCGAGUUGAUUUUUUUUUUAUGCCAAGCUUGAGCCCCAGCUCCUUUUCCCAUGUAUCAUUUAGUCAGAAAAGAGAACAUGUUAAAACUGAUCAAAUAUUAUUUUAUCCUGGGGGAGACAUUAUUUUCUUGAAGUUUUCCAAGCAGUUAAGGAAAAGAUGUGAAGUGAAUUUUUGCAAAGUCACACAACUGAAAGCAUCUGAAUAGACCAAAGCUCGGUACACCAAAUUUAGCAACAGUUUUCAAAACGUCCAAAUGUCUUAUCAAAGCAAAAGUCACAAUUUUAUAAAAGCUGGAUCUAGAGUAGAGAUUAAAAAUAGGAGGCAGGUCUCAAGUCAUCAUGCCGAGCAUUGUACCUGACUCCGGUUCCAUCAGCUUUAACAUACAAUUGUAAAACCUAGAUUGCAGCUGCUCUUUACUUUGUCUUAAGCUGUCACAAAAUUACUGCAAUGAGUAGAUGUGCAAGUUUUAAAGAAUAAGGUUUAAAGUGGAGACUUCUUCCCCUCGCUAAAUGCCAACUUUUACCAAUUUUUGUUGUCAACCAAGGAAUAUGUUGUGGCUGUUUUCCUGUUCGAUGUCACACUUUGCUUGUGAAGUUGAUUGGACAAAGCUGGACAAAGGAACUUGGGAUUCAUUAGGUGUCAGAGCUGUUGACAAAUUGUUCUUGUUUUUUAAUCACUCAAACCAGGAACGGCAUAGGUAAGUAUUUUCUAAGCAGUUUUUGUUUUUGUAUUGUCCGUUAACUGUAUGCUGUCAUUGAUGCCACAGGCUAUGAGUAUAAUAAAAAAUAAAAAGAUGGCAAAACUGCACUGCC